GUAUUGUAUAGGCUAAGCUCAGUGCAAAACUGCAGAGGCCGCCAUGUCAAAUGGGAUGCGAAAAAGCUUUGCUCUGCGUUAAAGACGAAGCUGCUACAGUAUGGGUUCGCUCCGAGCAUUUGGAGUAAUCCUUAAAAAAUUCUCCCCAAAUUCGAUCAUUCACAAAUGCCCCCGUUUCUUCCAUAUUCAAAGGAAUGGGUUGUGUUCAUCAUCAUCGUUGGCUGCCGAAACAUCGAGUUUUCCUUUGUGGGCUUUUGACAGUAAGCUGAAAUGUCGUGGUAAUCAAGUGCGAAGGAUAUGGAUGUCUCCGGUCUGUAUGGGCAGGCGUUCCUGCAAAAUUGCUGGCAGGAAGGGUGCUCAAGAUGCAAAGAAGGCAAAGCUUUACUCUAGGAUUGGAAAGGAGGUUGUUUCUGCUGUUAAAAAGGGAGGAACAAGCCCCAUAUCCAAUACCCUUCUGGCUGCCCUACUUGAGAAAGCUAAGGAGCUUGACGUUCCAAAAGAAAUUCUCGACCGCAACAUUAAGAGGGCUUCCGAGAAAGGACAAGAGGCUUACAUAGAGAAAAUUUACGAGGUAUAUGGCUAUGGUGGUGCUAGUAUGGUCGUUGAGGUCUCAACAGAUAAGAUAAAUCGCUCAGUGGCAGCUGUUAGAGAAGUAGUGAAGGACUAUGGUGGAAAGAUGGCAGAUCCAGGAUCUGUUAUGUUCAAGUUCAGACGUGCUCGAGUUGUGAAUGUUAAGGCCUCCGAUGUUGACAAAGACCAGCUUCUCACCAUAUCUCUAGAUGCUGGUGCAGAAGAUGUUAUUGAACCUCCAGAGUUUGAAGAUGAUACAGAAGAAGAGAAGUCGGAAAGAUACUACAAGAUUGUGACUUCUACAGAGAACUACUCAGGAAUACUAUCCAAGUUACGUGAAAAAAACAUAAACUUCGAACCUGACAGUGGUUCUGAGCUACUUCCCAUAAGCUCUAUUGAGGUGGAUGAUGAAGCUAUGGACUUAAAUAAAGAACUAAUGGACAAGUUGCUUGAACUUGAUGAUGUCGAUGCUGUUUAUACUGAUCAAAAGUGAAUGUUUCUUCUGUAAUAUCCUCAACAUGGAGAGAGGUAAUUUGCUCUCCCAUACGUUGGAUUUGUGGUUGUGAUCUUAAUUUUUUCGAGUCACCUCAAAACUCGAAAGCUGAUAGAUCUUUGCUCAGAUGAGAGACAUUUAGAGACAUUUUAAGUUUUGUAAGGGUUAUGAACAUUCUUUUCUACAUUUUGAGGCUGGGAUUUCCUAUUAUUUCUCGAGUUUCAAGACUUAAAAAAUCAUUGUAGAAUAAUACUCAUACAAGAGUGAUUUCGAUGCCAAUUAUUAAAAAUUUUCCUUUUCAUAAUUUUGAUAGGGGGAAUGGGGGGAAGAUUUUUCUUGAUUCUAUUGGAAAAUGGUCUUACUCCACGAGUUCAAUAAUCAUGGCUGUGCAUCAUCAUUGAUUUUAUGAAAAAAUCAUGCACUCACAACAUUUUGACGUCAGAAAAGUUAUAUGAUAUAUAUUAUAUGAUCCUCACAACUUAAACUUACCAUUUCUAGUGCAUUUGAGAUUAUUGCUGUCUCUCUUUCCUAUUUGGCCAGUGGUGAACCAAGUUUAGCCAUACUUAGGUCUUAUGGGCUACAUCUAUCUUUUUGCAGCUCAUUCCAAUCUCACACAAACAAAGCAAAAAAAAAAAAAAAAAAAGAAAAGAAAAAGAAAAAGAAGAAAGAACAAUUUGCCAACUGGUUAAAUAAAUGUGUGGGCUGAAAAAAAAAAAAAAAAAAAAGUGGGUCAGGAUGCACUUACACCCUUUUUUUUUCUUUUCUUUUUCCCCUUUCCUAUUUAAUUCUAAAAACAGAUGCGUUCCACAUCUGUCCUCCCAAGUAUAAAUAUUCAAGAUUCUUGACCUGGAACUAAUUCAAGUCAGCAUUAUUCUUUUCCAAAAUCCAAUCAUUAUAUGAGAUUCAUACUUGAUUGGACUAAUAACGAGGCACACGUGUGAAAUCUCUAGACCCCAACACUUUGCUUUUGGAAACUGUUUUUAGGAAUAAUACACGAGAAUUCUGCUUUUUUCUUUUGUUGCUCACCAAUUUUGUUUCUAUUCCCUUUUUUUGGAGAAGGUUUCUGUUUCCUUUUACAUGUAGUAGCAAGAUAUAUAUCUUUUAAAAAUAUUCCUUUCUUAAAAAUGCCUUUAAGCACCACCUAGUUAAAUUAAAUGUAUUAGUAGAUCAACUUAAAAUUGAAAUUGUAGAAAAUUGCAUCUAUACACGAAUAUGAUUUUUGUUCAAAAAGUGAUGGGAAAAUUUCAAAAUUUUUAUAGAUUCUUUAUACCAAAAAGUCAUUAUCAAUAGAUUCAGAAAGAAAAUUGUCAAUGAUGAUACAUAACAUUUUGUCAUUACUAAAAUUAUGCUGUCAUCUUCUGGAAAACUUCCUCUCUGUUGAAUCCAAUUGAAAGAUUCAUGACCAUAGUGUACAAAGCAAAGGUGCAUAUAUUAAUUUCACAGGGCUAAACUGAAAGAGAAACUGAUGAAUACAUGAGGAAGAAGGGGCCUACAUUUUGUACAGAUACAUACAAUCUACGUGGCUGUACCACAUUGAUCCUAAUUCUUGGGAACCCAGCAACCAUGUAGGCCAUAAGGAAGACCAUAAGGAAAUUUUGCCCUGGCUAUCUCUUCAAAUGUUGAUCCAUCCAGUAGUAAAGCAUACCCUUCUCCAUUUUUCCCACUGACCAUAGAGAUCACCACUCCUGCACCCCACAUAAACACAUUUCAGACACAUUCUCUUUCCUUAUGAAUACGGUUUGAUACAUUAGUUAGAAGUGAAGAUGACAAGUAAGAGGCCUUUCAGGUCGUGCCACGAAGAAGGGCUCAGAAGGGAUAGCGCCGUCCUCAUACCAAUUCUUAGCCUUCUUCUUCACUAAAUCAAUCUAAAACGAACCGAUUCAUAACAAGCACAAAAGUGAAUUGAGGAUCGAGGAAGAUCAAAAAGACAAAGAUGAAACACAGAUUAAGGAAAAUGGGUACCACCUUAGUGAGUGUGUUGGGGAAAUUACAGGGUCUUUUGGCUCCACAAGCAUAAGCAUAUCUAUAUUUUUUGCCCAAGUAAGCAGGGUUGAAGCUGCACAUAUCCAUUCCUCUGCCAUGUUCAUCUGGGUCCAAUGCUGCCUCCAGCUUCCCAUAUCCACUCCCAUCCAGUGGUAUUCUGAACCUUCCAACCCUACACAAUUUCCAUUUUCUAAUUAUUCAUCCCAUUUCUUCUAAAACAUUUGUGAAUUUAAGGGGUGCGUAUGGAUCGCGUAAUAGAAUCAGGAUUACCGAGAACUUGAUUACGAUGCAAAAAUGUUUGACUUGAUUUGAAGAGUCUAAAUUAAAACAAGUCAAAGGCUUUAUGAAA